AUGGAUGUGACUGAGGCGCAGGUGAAGGAGCUCUUCUCCACGACUAUCGGGCCACUCCGCCGGGUUCUGAUGAGUUAUCGAGCAAAUGGCCAGUCGACUGGUGUGGUGACCGUUGAGUUCCAGCGUGCUGAGGAUGCGUCGCGUGCAUAUGCGCAGUACAACAACCGCUUGAUUGAUGGCAAGCGUCCCCUGAAAAUCGAGGUCGUGGUGGACCCUGCGCGUGCGACGAUGGCUGCACCUGCACAGCCACAGAAACAGAACCCGCCUGGUGCUGGUAAGAGCGCUAGGGCUGCGAAGCGUCAUGCCAAGGCGAAGCGUCGUAAGGAGGCGCGUCCCACAAAGACGCUAGAGGAUUUGGACGCUGAGAUGGAAGACUAUUCAAAGCAGGCCAGCAGCGAUGUCCAGCCGAUGCAGGAUGGAGCUGCCCCGGCAUCGUAA